GGUUUAACAACUCGCACUUUCUAAAAGAACAAAAUUGAAAGAAUGUUACUCUACUUCACACCUCGAAACAAUCAGAGCAUAGAAAAACAUAAACGAGUGGCGGAAUUUAGAAAAGUCGAAAACAUUUUACAGCUUCCAUAUUCUGCAUAGGUUGAACUAUUUUACAGUCAACACAGCGCCGCGUACACAACUAUGGACUUCUACGAAGUUAAAGAAGAAAAAAACGAAUCGACAUUUAAGAUUAAUGGUCGCUCGCCAAAAUGUACAAGAUGUCGAAACCAUGGCGUAAUUAGUAAUUUACGCGGCCACAAACAUAAAUGUUACUGGAGAGAUUGCGCGUGCACAAAAUGUUUAAUCAGCUCUGACAAACAACGGGCCACUGCAGAUAGGAUAGCGUUAUUUCGCCAACAAAUAAGAGAAGUACAAAAAGACGACAGGGAAGCAAGAAGUGGCGAUUCUAACGGCAAUCAAGUAAACGAAGAUUGCUCACCUCCGAAACUUCACAUCAACACCCCCAAAGAAGAGUUUAAACCUUCAUUUAUGACACUACCCAAUUUAAACCAAGUUGACGUUCACACCAAAAACUUAGAAAUACUCAAGUAUAUUUUUCCUUUCUACGAUUCGCAUGUUUUGAAAGUAAUUUCCCGCGGUUGCCAUGACGAUGUUUUACAAACUGUUCUGUCAAUCAGCGCUACUGUAUUAGAGAACCAAAGAAGAUAUGCUCCAAUUGAUAAUACACUGAAACCUCACAUUCCACACUUUAUAUCCAGCAGAACAGGAAGAGACCAAUGUUGUUCGAGUCCAUACUGUCCUGUGAAUUCCUACCUAGCUCUCCGCAAACGAGACGCUUCAUGCUCCACUGGUUCCAAACGAUUUUCAUUAAACGACGAUGGAACUCCUCCCAUUAAACGUCAUCGCUACUCGCCAGAUGGAUCAACAAGUUCUUCAUCAAGUCCAUUUUGUCAUGCCUGUCGGAAAUAUGGAUGUGUGGGCGAUAAAUUUUGUCCCUUGUGCGGUGUACUGUACUAAUUAUAGCAUAAAUCAUUUAUAAAAAUUUUAUCCAUCCUUCUUCAGGUUUAUCUUUGCUUUAAAAGACAACUUGUUUAAAAUCUUGGUUCUUAGUUUUAAUAAUUUGUAUAUAUUUGGUUUAUUCUGCACACGAUUUUAUGUUUGAUUUUUAGUAGUAAAAAAUAUUUCUCUGUUUUUCUUUUUAUAUAUAAUUCUAAGAAUUUUUUUACAAUUUGUUUAAAUUUUUUGUAAUUCUUUUCUUUACCUAAACCGCACAACCACAUGUCAAACAUGUAAUCCGUGGUUUUUAAAUGUUGUGGAAGAUCCACCUCGUCCCCAGGGCAUUUUUCAUUUUGCAUUUUUAAAUGACGACUCAGGAAACACAAGACCCUGGGGACGAGGCUGGUGGGAGAUCUUAGUUAGCCUUCACAUGGAUCGAAAAGAAGGCUUACUCGGAAUUGUGUUGUACGAACUGCACAUACGCCAUGACUUUUCAAACAUUCGCCAUGACUUUGCAAACAUGCGCCAUGACUUUGCAGACAUACGCCAUGACUUUGUAAACAUACGCCAUGACUUUGCA